GGGGCUUAGAACUUUCCAGUUUUGAUGGUAGUUCUAAACAAAGGUACCAGUGGUGUCCCUGUGGGAUUCAAUAGGACUGCUACCAGGCCAGUAGGUGGGCACUGGGGUCAAGAAGAGAGUGGGAGGGUUUGCAGUAGUUUCAUCCAUUGUCUUCAGACUGUCCCUGAACAGAAGAGUGACCAGGCCCGAACAGCAGUGACACCCCAGAGCACACCUCGAGAGCAAAUCCUUAAGCAGAUUCAACCUUUCUCUGCAGGAAAAGAAGUUUGCUAUGAGGACCUCGGGUGCUUUUCUGACACUGAGCCCUGGGGCGGGACAGCAAUCAGGCCCCUAAAAAUUCUCCCCUGGACCCCUGAGAAGAUCGGCACCCGCUUCCUGCUAUACACCAAUGAAAACCCAAACAAUUUUCAAAUUCUCCUCCCCUCUGAUCCAUCAACAAUUGAGGCAUCAAAUUUUCAAACAGACAGAAAGACCCGAUUCAUCAUCCACGGCUUCAUAGACAAAGGAGAUGAGCGCUGGGUGAUAGACAUGUGCAAGAACCUGUUCAAGGUGGAGGAGGUGAAUUGCAUCUGCGUGGACUGGAAGAAGGGCUCCCAAACCACCUACACACAGGCCGCCAACAAUGCGCGAGUGGUGGGCGCCCAGGUGGCCCAGAUGCUCGACAUCCUCUCGACAGAGUACAGCUAUCCACCUUCCAAAGUUCACCUCAUCGGCCACAGCCUGGGAGCCCACGUGGCUGGAGAGGCAGGGAGCAAGACUCCGGGCCUGAGCAGGAUUACAGGGUUGGAUCCUGUAGAAGCAAGUUUUGAAGGUACUCCUGAAGAGGUGCGACUAGAUCCCUCUGAUGCUGACUUUGUUGAUGUGAUUCACACGGAUGCAGCUCCCCUGAUCCCAUUCUUGGGUUUUGGAACAAAUCAACAGAUGGGCCAUCUUGACUUCUUCCCUAACGGAGGAGAGAACAUGCCGGGAUGCAAGAAGAAUGCCCUGUCUCAGAUUGUGGAUCUAGAUGGCAUCUGGGCAGGAACCCGAGAUUUUGUGGCUUGCAAUCACCUAAGAAGCUACAAGUAUUACUUGGAAAGCAUCCUCGACCCCGAUGGGUUUGCUGCAUACCCCUGCACUUCCUACAAGUCCUUUGAGUCUGACAAGUGCUUCCCCUGUCCGGAUCAAGGAUGCCCACAGAUGGGUCACUAUGCUGAUAAAUUUGCUGGCAGGACAAGUGAAGAGCAGCAGAAAUUCUUCUUGAACACAGGAGAGGCUAGCAAUUUCGCUCGCUGGAGAUAUGGGGUUUCCAUCACACUGUCUGGAAGAACAGCCACUGGUCAGAUCAAAGUUGCUUUGUUUGGAAAUAAGGGAAACACUCAGCAGUACAGUAUCUUCAGGGGGAUUCUCACACCAGGCUCAACCCACUCCUAUGAGUUUGAUGCAAAGCUGGAUGUUGGAACAAUUGAGAAAGUCAAGUUUCUUUGGAAUAACAAUGUGAUAAAUCCAACCCUCCCCAAAGUGGGUGCUGCCAAGAUCACUGUGCAAAAGGGAGAAGAGAAGACCGUGUACAACUUCUGUAGUGAAGACACGGUGCGGGAAGAUACGCUGCUCACCCUCACGCCCUGCUACGUGGCGUAAGCUCCGUAGCUUACGUGGCUGCUGCGUUCAUGCCAAUAAAAUCCACUGGUGCAUCUGUA